GCGCGGGCGGCGGCGGUGGCCGGUGGUGGUGCUGUCCGCAGGCGGUGCGGGGCAGUUGGGCCUGACAGAGGACCGGGGUUGCCGGUGUUGCUGGUGUUGCUUUGGCCAUGGCGAGUGGCAGCUCGCUAACGGCGCUGUGGACCGAAGUGAAUCGUUGCGGGCAGACUGCGGACUACAGCCGGGCUCUGAAGUCCCUGAACAGAAUACUGCAAGAUGACAAGGAUGAUGUCACUGCACUGCAUUGUAAAGUCGUCUGUCUGGUGCACAAUGGAAAUUUCAAAGAAGCACUGAAUAUAAUUCACACUCACACCAAGGUGCUUUCCAGUGAUGUGAUUGCCUUUGAGAAGGCUUACUGUGAAUACAGACUGAAUCGGAUCGAAACGGCAUUGAAGACCAUCGAAAGUGUUGAGCAAAGGACCAACAAGUUAAAGGAGCUUUAUGCACAAGUGUUGUACAGAUUGGAACGGUAUGAAGACUGCUUAACAGUUUAUCGUGAUUUAAUUCGGAAUUCACAAGAUGACUAUGAAGAGGAAAGGAAAACCAAUCUUUCUGCGGUUGUGGCAGCUUUAAGCACUUGGCAAGAUUCAUACCCUGAGGAUUUGGGCCUACCUGAAACUUCCUAUGAACUGUGUUACAAUGCUGCUUGCACGCUGAUUGGUGAAGGAAAGCUGUCCUUGGCUAUGAAUAAACUUCAGAAAGCUGAGGAACUCUGUCGGCAGUCAUUUUCAGAAGAUACUGAUAUAAGCGAUGAGGAAAUCGAUGCUGAGCUGGCAAUAAUUCAUGCCCAGAUGGCCUAUGUUAUGCAGCUUCAAGGACGGAAUGAUGACGCUUUGCAACUUUACAAUCAAGUGAUCAAACUGAAGCCUUCAGAUGUUGGACUCCUUGCAGUAACUGCCAAUAAUAUAAUUACACUGAAUAAGGACCAAAAUGUGUUUGAUUCAAAGAAAAAAGUGAAACUGACCAAUGCAGAAGGCGUGGAGCAUAAACUCACCCAUAGACAGCUGCAAGCCAUAGAGGUCAACAAAGCGUUAUUGGCCAUGCACACAAAUCAGGCUGACCAAUGUCGAAAGCUGACGCUAGGCUUGCAGAAGCAGAACCCGGAGACUCCACUACCAGUGUUAAUUCAGGCAGCACAGAUGUGUCGAGAGAAGCAGCAUUCGAAAGCUAUUCAGCUGUUGGAGGAUUUCUUGGAACAACACCCAGAAAAUGCAUUUGAACUGAAGAUGACAAUCGCACAGUUAUACCUUGUUCAAGGUCAUGUUACAAAAGCAUGUGACAUCUUGAGAUCAAUUGAUGAAAAGCCAAAUAAAUUAGGGAUGGUGUCAGCCUUAGUUACUAUGUAUAGCCAUGAGGAAGAUAUCGAUAGUGCAAUAGAAGUCUUCUCGCAAGCUAUCCAGUGGUACCAAGAAUACCAGCCAAAUACACCAGCUCAUUUGCUAUUAGUGAGAGAAGCAGCCAAUUUUAAGCUGAAAUAUGGGCGGCAGAAGGAAGCAAUCAGUGAUUUGGAGCAACUUUGGAGACAGAAUUCUCAGGAUGUACGGACUUUGGCACAGCUGAUCUCUGCAUAUUCAUUGGUGGACUCCAAAAAAGCCAAGACACUUAGCAAGCACUUGCCUUCACUGGAAGCUAUGUCUUUCAAGGUGGAUGUCGAUGCCUUAGAGAAUUCACAUGGUGCCACGUACAUAAGGAAGAAGGCUGGAAAAGUGGCCGGUGAAAGCCAAUUGAAAGAACGUGGACAGGGUGAUACAAAGAAAAAGAAGAAGAAAAAGAGAGGUAAACUACCCAAGAAUUAUGAUCCGAAAGUACCCGCAGAUCCAGAACGAUGGCUUCCCAUGCGGGAACGCUCCUAUUAUCGUGGGAGAAAGAAGGGCAAGAAGAAGGAGCCCAUUGGGAAAGGAACUCAAGGUGCAACAUCAUCUGGAGCUAGUGAACUGGAUGCAAGCAAGACGGUGAAUAGCCCGCCCACAUCCCCAAGACCUGGGACAGUAUCAACGGUUACAUCAUCCAGCAACAUUGUGCCCCCUCGACAACAGAAACCCUCGGCAGCUUCCAAGAAAAAGCAGCAACAGAAAAAGAAAAAGGGUGGAAAAGGGGGGUGGUGAUUACGAUUAAAUGUGUAAAAGAAAAUUCUACACAUGCAGAGACUUGAAACAAUCAAUGUAAACACAUUGUGGUGUUAAAACAGCUUUAAUAAAGGACUGAAUGUGA